UUGGAGAAAUUCUGGCGUAGCAUCUGGUCAAAAGAGGUGAGCCACGAAGAAAACGCUACAUGGAUUGCAAAAGAAGAACAGCGUAUUCUUGAGAUACCACAAAUGCCACACGUGGAAAUCACAGACGAGGAUGUCACUCAGGCGGUGUACAAAUCCCUCAACUGGAAAGCCACUGGACCCGAUAAGAUCCAUAACUUUUGGCUAAAGAAGCUCACUGUUUUACACAAACCAUUGGCGAUGUGCUUUACCUCCUUCAUACGCGACCCCCAGCAAAUGCCUUCCUACCUAACCAUUGGAAUAACAUAUCUACUCCCCAAGGAUGCAAAUACACAGGACCCUGCGAAAUACCGUCCAAUCACAUGCCUCAGCACUAUCUAUAAAACCUUGACCUCUUGUCUCUCUAACAAGAUCUACCAACAUCUAGACUAUCACUCUCUAUUAGCAACAGAGCAGCAAGGGUGCAUUAAGAGAUCGCAGGGAUGUAAAGAACAACUCACGAUAGACUCAGUAGUCACAGGACAAGCGUAUAAAAAGUCGAGAAGACUUCACAUGGCUUAUAUCGAUUACAAGAAAGCUUUCGACUCGGUGCCGCAUUCCUGGUUGGGGAAGGUACUCAAACUUUAUAAGAUUGAUCCUGAGGUUGUUAGUCUAUUGGAAUGUUUUAUGACAAACUGGGCAACUUCUCUUCAUCUAAACUACGGCAUCAACCAAAAGAUAACAACAGGGUACAUACCGAUACGAAGAGGAAUCUUCCAGGGUGACAGCCUUAGCCCAUUAUGGUUCUGCCUCGCGCUCAAUCCCCUCUCCUCACUCCUAAAUGAAACAGGACAUGGGUUUCUCAUAAAAGGGGCAGAAGGAUAUCACCGAAAGUUGACUCAUCUAAUGUACAUGGAUGAUAUUAAGAUCUAUGCGGCAAAUGAACGAGAGCUCCGGACAUUGCUCCAUUGCACCGAACAGUUUUCCAGUGACAUAAAUAUGUCAUUUGGGCUUGAAAAGUGCAGAACCAUGAACGUUUACCGCAGACGAAUUGAGCCAUCUACAGGUGUUGAUCUUCAGACAGGUGGAACGAUCGGCGUAAUGACAGAAAAUGACACCUAUAAAUAUCUAGGUAUUCUUCAGUCACAUCGAAUCCAACACGGUGAAAUCCGGUCGAAGAUGAUUGAAGUAUACAAUCAAAGACUUAAAGGAAUCCUCAGUUCAGGCCUUAAUGGACGUAACCUCGUUAAAGCAAUUAACACCUUUGCCAUCCCAGUGUUAACUUACACGUUCGGCAUAGUCAACUGGUCAGACACUGAAUUAGAGAGAGUUGAGAGGUCUACUCGCGUCAUGCUCACUAAAUAUCUAGUACAUCAUCCAAAAUCAGCCGUUGAGCGGGUAACUCUACCUCGAGCCAAGGGUGGUAGAGGAUUGAUAGAUAUUCGUAGACUGUGUGCCAAACAGGUUCAGAGUCUCCGAAGUUAUUUUCUUUCUCGGACGUCCUCUUCCCUGCACCACGUAGUGACAAAGGCCGAUGACCGUCUGACGACGCUUGAUCUCCUUCAUGCCGACAAUAUUCAAUCGUUAGAGACUGACGCUGAAUACAAAGAAGCUAAACUCCGGCAAUGGGCCUCAAAGCCUCUUCAUGGUCGAUUUGCAAAUGAACUGACCCAACCAUAUGUCGACAUUGAGGCGUCGAACAACUGGCUUAAACAUGGUGAGAUCUUUGCUGAAACUGAGGGAUUCAUGGUAGCGAUUCAGGAUCAGGUGAUGCCUACGAAAAAUUAUCUCAGGUUCAUUGUAAAGACAGGCAUCGAAGAUGACCAGUGUCGACGGUGUCAUCAAAAGCCAGAGACCAUCCAGCACAUCACUGGCGGCUGCCAAGUUCUUGCUGGAACCGAGUACACCCAGCGCCACGACAAUGUGGCAAAAAUUAUACAUCAAGAACUGGCAGUACAACACGGUCUCUUAAAGGAGACAGAGCCUUACUGGAAGUACAACCCAUCCCCGGUACUUGAGAACGAUUCGGCCCAACUUUAUUGGGACAGGUCGGUUUUAACUGAUCGGACGGUUGAGCAUAAUCGGCCGGAUAUAAUAUUAGUAGAAAAAGAGGAGAAGCGGACAUGGUUGUUGGAUAUUGGUAUUCCAAAUUCGCACAAUGUGCAGAAAUACAUCACUGAAAAGAUGGUUAAAUACCAGCGGCUGGCUGAAGAAAUACGACAGUUAAGGCGGCAGCAGCAGGUCCAUAUUGUCCCGCUGAUUCUCUCCACCACGGGAAUUGUUCCUAAAUCCCUUACUGAGAACUUAGCGAAGCUAGGUAUCUCAGUGAGGGUGAGGAACAAAAUACAAAAAGCCGUAAUCUUGGAUACGACAGCGAUCGUACGUCGCCACCUCUCAAUUUAA